AGCACGUCUGCUACACCGAGUGCGACAAUGGAUACUGCUGGAUCACCAGCGGCCUCAUGUUGCGACAGGGGAUCGGAUUCAGACGGAUUUGUCCACGUCUCGAGCCGGGAGGACUACGUCAUAGUGCAGUCGCCAAAGAUGUCCGAGGAGGAGGCAGCCGCAGCCCUAGCAGCAGCAUCAUCGGUGGGGGCAAAUGCCGCAGGUCCCGCGGGUCCCACCGUUGGCACCGUUGGCAGUGUUGGUACGGCUUCGCACAACAGCGACCACCAGCCUGCUACUUCUAUUAGCCGUCCUACGGCUUGUACUAGGAAAUUGGCGUCAUCCAUCGACCGCAGUCACGCAGCCGCCACCGAGGCCGCCACGACCGCGGCCAAAGCGGCCACCGCCAACAUCACCGGCCCGUCUUCACCACCCGGCCCUUAUCAUUCAUUCCGCCACCACCAUCAGCAACAAAUACGCCCUCCACGAACGAGGGUAGCCGCGGUGUCCCCGAAGGCGCCCCGCCUCCCUUCGCACUACGUGGAGCGGUCGGCCCUGCUCGAGAAGGUCGUCAACGAGCUCAUCGGCAAGAAGCAUCUCGACAACCGUCACGUCAGGAACAGCAGCACUACCAAAAGCGGCGACAACCAACUCCACAACAAUUCCACAACCGACAACAACGGGGACAACACGAACACCAGCGGCGACAGGCAUGGCAACGAAAACAACAACAACGACGACGGUCGCGAGGGUGCUUCCUACGCCCUCCUCGGUGACAGCGGGUCGGGGAAGACCGUUCUGGCGUCGGCCAUCGCCUCUCACCCCGAGGUCCGGAGAAAGUUCUGGCGAGGAAUCUUCUGGGUCAGCCUUGGGCGCGGGGUUGUGGUGACAAGAGCAAGGACGGGGACAGGAGGAGAUCUGCUGAGAGCUGUGUUUCACGCUCUGGCUGCGCAGGUGGUUGCGAUGGCCCAUCUGCUCCCAGCCAACAGUGACGAAGAGACCGCCGCAACCGCACUCCUGUCCCGGUCAGCAAGCCCUGGGGAAACCCUCAAGAAGCUGGCCUCCUCGAACGGGAGUCCAUGGCUGGGGGGGCAAAGCCGACUCCUCGUUCUUGACGGCAUCAGCGAGAGCUUCACCGACAACGUCGACACCAUGGCCGAGCUGCAAAGGGCCGGGUUUGUGGUGCUUGUGACCGGCGCAAAGCCGGAGGCUGGCUGGGACCUAGGGAAUGGUCGUUCCACACUGCAGCACUGCCGAUUCCAUGUGAGUGAGCUGCAGUCUGUGACGCUGAAGGAGGCGGUGGCGAUGCUGCUGAAGACGGUGAGGCGGCCGGGUAGGGCGGCAAUGGAGGUGGAGGAUUCGACACCCGCAGGUUGGGCAGAGCAGAAUGCCGGUGAUGCUGGUGACCCGGGCGUCGACGCGGCGACCCGGGCGUCGAUCGAGUCGUGUGCUCUACAGGUCGUCAACCACUGCGGGGAGAUCGCACCGCUGGCUCUCGCCAUCGUCGGCGCAGUAGUAGCCGGCCAGGAUGAGAGGGGUAGCCGUCGGGACAACUCGCCGCCCUGCGACUACGCUAAACGCUGCCAUCAGAUCGAGCAGCACGUCACCCGGCGUCAAGAUUGUGGUGAUGGCUACGAUGCUUUCAGCAGAGUGAUGGAGCUGGGGUUUGACGCGCUCCCGGGGGACAAGACGAAGGACUGCUUCGUUAGGCUGGGGGUGUUGGCGGAGGGAACGGUGGCUCCGCUCGACAUGCUGUCCAACCUUUGGGAACAGGUGGAUUCAGAGCAAGACAUCGCACGGGUCGUCAACGAGCUCUUGGAGAAAUCAUUCCUCACCGAGAUGCACCCGGAAAGCCGCUGCUACAGCAUCCACAACCGCGUCCUCGCCUUCGCCAAGACCAAGCUCCUCCGCGCCGGCUCCAGGCCUGACGGGGUCGGUUGCCGCUGCUACUGUGGAGUGCACAACGCAGCAGCUCAAACAACGGCAAGGAGUACGAGGGAGGCCGCCGUGACCAAUCAGGUGGGCUACCUGAGCCGCUCGAGCACUCUCUCUCGCUUCGCUUGCUCCGGCGGAGGAAGCAACGGCGUCAUUGGUGGCGAAGCGGGGGCCGCUCGCGGUUGCGGCGGCGACGGAAUGAUGCUGGGGGGGUUGCAGGCUCUCGCAGCCCUGUGGCAGUCUCUGGAGGAUCUCCGUUCUGGCAACGGCUGCUACUGUGGCCACCAGACACCCGCUAGCAAUGACGCGGCACCGCGACCGCGGCCGUUUGUGAGGGAUGCUUAUGGGGCUUCCCUGCGGGAGACAUUCCCGUGCGUGCCGGCAGCGUUUGGCUACUGGACAGCAGCGAAGCUGCUCCAGCUGCAGGGAUUCCUUGAAGAUGCCAAAACAAUGGCGAGGAAGUCUGUACGCAUGGGGCACGCUCUCUACCAUGCUGACGCGGCCCAGGCCGAACAACUGUUCUCCGAAUCCGCGCUUCUCAGGGUGCAAAAGGGCAAGGACGACGAACUGGUCGAUCGGUAUAAGAAGGGGUUGGAGUCUGUCAAGCUGAACUACGGGUGUCGCCACCCGGCCGUGGCGUCCGCUCUUAACAGCCUUGCCCGUGUGGAGCUGGAGCAGCACAAGCCUAUCCUGGCCGGUGCUUGCUACAGAGAAGCGGUGAGGGUGCUGGACGACUCUCUUGGGGAUGACCAUCCGAUGGUGGCGAAGGCCUUGAUCGAUGCGGCGGAAGCAGAAAUGAAGCAAUUCGUGACGCUCCCUGAUGAGGAGGAAAAGCGGCUACUACUCCGUGCUCACGUCGGCGAGCUGUGCUCAAGGGCCCUGUUUAUCUAUGACAACGACCUGGGGACGGCAGGGAUCGUGGAUCCGUGCGAAAAGGCCACGUCCUUCGUUCGCUUGGCUCACAUAUUGGAGGAGCAGGACAAAGUCGAAGAGGCGGAGCGGUUGUGCCGGGCGGCGUUACACACCCUGGAGGAGGAAAGCAACCUUGUUCACGAUCACGUGCAUGUGGCUGCCACUCUGGUCACCCUAGCUGACCUUCUCGCCAGAAAGGUGCGAUAA